AUGUCUGCAGAUCUUGCGUGGCCAAAGCGGGACGGCGUCGUCGCCACUGGUUCCAACUCGAGCGAGCACGAUUAUACCGACCAAAGCUCACAGUCUUCACAUCCCCCUUCUGUUCAGCACGUUCAGGAGUGGGAUCCCUCUGCGUUUCUGAAUCCUACCAUGUUUAGCUCAGACAUGGUCUCGCCAGAUACGGCCACUCCGCCGCAGAACGCUGCCCAUUUCCAACUCGAGCAGUCUGUGCACGCACCGCUCCACACCGCGCACGUCCCCCAGCUCGUUCAUCAGCCCGGUCACUUUGGCCAAGAGAGUUACCAGGACGGCUAUAUGCAGGAGCAGUACGCGCCCCCCUAUGAUAUCUAUCAGUCGUCUCAAAUUGGUCGCGCCUCCUACGAGUCCACCCACUACCGUCCCCCGACUCAGGCUUCUGAUCUGUCGCCGUCCAUGGCACAGUUGGGGCUGCAUCAACAAGACUUCCUCUACUCAAACUCGAAUCCCUAUCCAUCUCAGCUUCAAUCGAACCUGCAUGCCCAGCUUCCUACACAGAACCACCUGUACGACUUCCACCAACCAAAUGCAAGCGAUCGUGCUUCUCCCCUCCCGAGGCACUCGCCCUUUACCGGCUCACCCGUUUCCAAUCCGAGCUUUGCGGCCCAGCAAGAUCACUUUUCAUCAGUGAGUGGAAUUGACCGCCGUCCGUCUACAGCCGACAGUAUCCACUCCCUUCAUGGCGAGUAUCCGAGCGAAUUGGGCUAUCUGCCAGGCGCAACAAAUGGCACCAACGCUCUAGGCAUGGCUCCAAGCGGCGUCGUUCCAUCCGCAUUGCAUCCAUUCAAUCAGCGUAACGCCGUGAGCGGAACUCCUUAUCCUCAUCUGGGCAAAGACGUCAAUGGCGGCGCAGCGAGGACGUUUAAUCCACUGGCCGCGCCCCCUCCCAACACAGGCUAUACAUCGGUUCACCAGCAGCACAUUCAGGGCUAUCCCGACGCUCAAACUUACUCUGACCAAGCGACUGGCUUCAUCCAACCUCAUGCACUCGCCGACGGUACCGCUGGUACGGAUGCAAAUGGUGCUUACCCAUCCAACGCUGGCGCCUCGCCCGAGGUUACCCAGUUCAUUCGGCCGGUAUUGCAACAAUACAUGGAAACACGCAAUCGUAUUGGGUUUGGCGAGCGAACGGUCAUCGUCAUGGCCAGCAAAGUCGCCCAGAAAUCCUAUGGUCAGGAGAGACGUGGUGUCGAGUGGACGUCGACCACAGGCAAAGUUGUCGAGCAAGGGGAGGCGCCCCCUGAACCAUCCCAAUUCGGACCAGACGACAUUUCUGCGUUUCAGACUGGUGCAAAGGCAACACAGACAUACAUUGGUCGUGCAGUGGGUAAGCAACUCUUCAUCUCGGAUGAGAGGCAGAAGAAGGUCGAGGCACUUGUCAAAAUUGUCGCCCCAGGCACUGAAGAGGAGCCCGAGCGAGUGAUUGGCAUCUUCCCGUCUAAGCCUAUCAAGGUCAUUAGCAAGCCGAGCAAGAAACGCCAGAGUGCAAAGAACAUGGAGUUGUGUAUCAAUCACGGGUCCACAGUCUCCCUCUUCCACCGCCUCCGAGCCCAGACAGUCUCUACAAAGUAUCUUUGCGUAUCUGGAUCCGGAUUCUCUUUCAAGGGGUCCGAUGGAGCUCUCCUUCCUGGUGUCGAUAACCCACACCGUGGAGGCGGACCAUCCUUCGUUGCCAAGAUUGGUACAUGGGAUCCUUUCAUCAUCUACAUUGUCGAUGUCAACAAGCCGCAAGAUCCCAAUACCCCUCUCGCGCCUCCUUUGCAGCCAGAUUAUCCAACACCACCUCCCAACGCCAUUGGGGUCAUGCACCACGGUAGCAAUAUCCCCAUUUACUACAAUCAGACCGUAGUAUUGCAAUGUCUUACGUCUGGUGUCGUAUCCCCCGUCUUGAUCAUUCGCAAGGUCGAGCGAGAUACAACUGUCGUCGGUGGUGGACUGCAAGAAGGCGCAAAGGGCGUCCCAGAUCACUUCUGCGCUCCAGGAGAGGUCUGCGGUGAUCCAGUCUCACAGCUUCAUAAGAUUGCGUUUGAAGUUUUCGAUCCCAGCAAAGGCAUGCCUGCACCAGGAUCUCCGGGAGCUACUGGUGCAUUCCUGUCCUGCGUAGCGGACAAAGUCAACACGUAUAGACCUUCGGAGGGACGUACAUGGAACAAUGCGGAACACAUGUCGUCACGUUCUCAGUCACCCGCUGUUCCAGACUCUCCAGGAGCCAGCUCAAAUGGCUCACUCACAGAUUAUUUCUCGAGUGGCAGCCCAGCCGACUCGGGCCUCGAUGGCAUCCCUCCAAGCUCUGAUGGCGGACGUGUCAAUAGCAGGAGAGGGACUAAACGUUCCAACACGACGAGUGGACCAGUUCUCAAGGGAACGAGUAAAGCUCGGCGCAGGGUCAACUCUGUCGGCAGCAACGGCAGUGGUGGAGGCGGCUACGUGAGCUCGUCGACUCGUUACGGUCUCUCCGAUCAAUCAAUGUCGAGUGGUGCUCUUUGGUCAAUUGAUAUUGGAGAAUCCGCCGUUUGGACUAUUGUUGGUACAGAGCAAAUUCGGUACAACUUUUACGUUCCUCCAGGAAUGCCCGGAGCUCGUGCUUCAGGGGUACCGAUCAAGCCCGUGACCCCGUUCCCAAAUAUCGUGAAGUACCUCCCUCCCGAUCGUGCCGCGGAAAACCCAGCCAAGCACGGCGGGAUCAAUAGAAUGCUGAUGAAUAACGGCAUGAAACCAGAUCCCCGUAACGCGUCGCUCGUUACCAUAUACGGCGAGAACUUUAGCAAAACGGAUCCACCUCUUCUCUUCUUCGGCGCGGAACCAAGUCCCUUUGUCGAUGUGCGAUGUCAAGAAGUUCUCGCCUGCUUGCCUCCGGCAACUUCACCAAGUAGCAAUUCCGAAUCGGCGCAGCAGCUUGGUCUAGAUGCGGUUCCAAUCGCACCCCAGCCUAUCUUCAUUGCAAGAGCCGACGGCGUCGUUUACCCGUCAAGCGUCCUCUUUUAUGGUAAAUAG